UGCCUUCUGUUGAAAAUGUUGCCUUUGAAGUCAUUUGUCCUCCUAUCUACCAGGCACUUUGGGACGCUUUACUACAUUAAAGGUGGCUGCUGUGGAUCAGAUCAGAAGCAGUACGUCAUUGGAGGAUGGGCCUGGGCUUGGUGGUGCGUCUCUCAGACACAGAGACUACCUCUGGAGAUCAUGACCGUCGUCUGUCAGUGUGAGGAUAUAGAAACCAUUGAGGGGGUCCCUGUAUAUGUUACAGGGGUCGCACAGGUGAAGGUAAUGACUGAUAAGGAUCUGUUAGCUGUGGCGUGUGAACAGUUCCUGGGGAAAAGUGUACAGGAGACCAAGAGUGUGGUGUUACAAACCCUCGAAGGACACCUCCGAGCGAUUCUGGGGACGCUGACUGUUGAAGCCAUCUAUCAGGACCGGGACCAGUUUGCCCAGCUAGUGCGUGAAGUGGCUGCUCCUGAUGUCGGCCGCAUGGGAAUCGAGAUCCUCAGCUUCACUAUCAAGGAUGUUUAUGACAAAGUGGAAUAUCUCAGCUCACUGGGGAAAUCACAGACAGCGAUAGUGCAGCGCGACGCAGAGAUAGGAGUGGCAGAAGCCGAGAGAGAUGCUGGAAUACGGGAGGCUGAGUGCAAGAAGGAAGCGAUGGAUGUUAAGUACAGUGCUGACACCAUGAUGGCUGACUCCAAGCGAGCAUUUGAAAUGCAGAAGGCAGCCUUUAAUCAGGAGAUAAAUAUAAAAAAAGCUGAGGCCCAGCUGGCUUAUGAGCUGCAGGGAGCCAAGGAGCAGCAAAAGAUCCGACAGGAGGAAAUCGAGAUCGAGGUGGUGCAGCGCAAAAAACAGAUAGACAUCGAGGAAAAAGAAAUCUCCCGUAUGGACAAGGAGCUGAUUGGGACAGUGAAGAGACCAGCAGAGGCAGAAGCCUUCAGAAUGCAGCAGGUCGCUGAAGGCCAAAAAGUGAAACAAGUGCUGAUCGCCCAGGCUCAAGCUGAGAAAAUCCGCAAGAUUGGAGAGGCGGAAGCUUCAUCGAUUUCAGCCAUUGGCAAAGCUGAUGCUGAGAGAAUGAGACUGAAGGCAGCAGCUUACCAGCAAUAUGGAAACGCAGCCAAGGUGGCCCUGGUAUUGGAUGCUCUUCCAAAGAUUGCUGCCGAGGUCACUGCUCCUCUUGCAAAGACUGAUGAAAUUGUGAUUCUUGGAGGAGACAAUAACCGUGUUACCUCAGAGGUCACCCGCUUAUUGGCAGAGGUCCCUGCAUCUGUCCAUGCUCUUACGGGAGUCGAUCUAACAAAGGUACCUUUAAUCCAAAAAUUAACCAACGCCCAGGCCUGAUCAUGAAAAAAGCCACAACAAAUUCAGGAUAUUUCUCCAUAGAAAAUACUAUUCCACAGACCUCCACCUCAGAACACUUGAAUAAGGAAUUCCUUUUCUACUGAAAACUUGUGCGAUUUUUCUUUUUUAGUUUUCUUUCCGUUUUGGUUUCUCUUUAAAACCUCUGGUGCCUUAAUUUAAUCCAGAUCAGAUAUUCAGUGCAUUAAUAGUAUUUUUUUUUCUUUCUCCCUUAGUAGUCUGCUCUUUCACUAGUUGUUUUCUGUUUGUUGCUGAUCAUUUAAGAACAAAACUGAUUCUGAUGUCCAUGUUGCAGGCUGUCUGGAGGGGGUUACUCACCUGUGGGGAAAGUCAGCAUUUGAAGAGUUGUCCUUCCUCUCCACUUGCCGAACCUUGUUCCCUAGUUGUCAUAGCAGUGCCAUUACCAAUCCUAGCCCAAUAUGCUGUUACUGUCAGGUUAUAUUUUUUUUAGGCCAUAAUGAUGUCAGCAAUGUUGUUGGUGAGGGAUAUGAUUUUAACGAACCUUGGAGUGCAGAAGGAAGCCAUUCACCCCUUUGGCCCUUUACCAGCCCUUUUUAAAGAUUUGGGAGUGGAACAAGUUGAACCAACUCAGUGUCUCACUUUGUUCCCAAAUACUUACGUUUUGAGGAGAACUCAAAUAUUUAUACCUUUCUGGCUCUGAAGUGUUCUUUUUGUUUUUUUUUUAUUUAAGUACCAGUGAGUGUCCUGGGCAUCUCUAGACUCCAAUGUGUGAAUCUGUAACAUGGACACAGAAAGCAGAGUGUGACAAAUUCUGAAGCCAUAAGUAAAUCCAGCAAGACAGUUUCCCUUCUGCUGAAGGGAUCUUGACACAAUCAUGUAAAGAUAAUGCCAUUGUGAUGUUGCUAAUCUGAUUUCUGUUUUCUAAAUAAUUUUAUUGUGUCCAAAGAAUGGAGAGAAUUGAAUAGUGGUGGUUGUCAUGGGUUGGUGUGUAGAGGAUAAUUGUGGAUGUUUUCCUGGAGUGUAUAUUGAGGUAUGAUUGUCACUUGCUGAACUGCGUGACGUUGUAGGUCAAAAUCUCAUGUAAAACUGAAAUUCACAGUGGAGUCUGGUAUAAGGUGCACAGUGUACACGAAUAACGUUUAUGGGAAUGAUUACUAUUUUGUCUUGGCUAUUGAGUGUCUUGUGUGUUGUACCUAUGACUACAUCACACAUGUACCACAAUAUGAUCUCCAGUUGAUUUAACAUUGAAUUAAAAAUUGUCCUCUACUCACCAGCAUUCAGAAUAUUCCUUUAACUUUCUCUCCUGCUGGGGAAAUGUGAGAGCACAAGUACAGUGAUCGUUUUCUGACUUGAAGUGGAACUGCAACUGAAAUGUACCUUUUGGAGGUUGGAGAGCACAUUCCCCAGUGUGAGUAAUGGCUCCACACUUCAAUCAUUGACGCAUUACAGCGACUUGUCCAAACUGCUGCCAUGAUGUCUGUCCCAGGAAGAUUGCAUGCGUUGACGGUAGCAUUACUGAGUCUCAUCAGAUCAAAGUUAUUCAUCUGUCAGGAAGAAUUGAGCUUUAUAUUCUAAACUGGUUGUCAAUCAAGGGGUAGGCAUUAAAACCACAGAACAGUGUACAGAUUCCAAACAGCGUGGUAUUGGCUGGUCUCUAUGAAAAGUCUUAAGUUCAAAUGAAAAAGGUAAAAGUCAUACAAUAUUAUCAGUGAGUUUAUGAGGUUUGUUUGUAGCUGCCGCAACUUAAAUUAGUGAUUUUAUCUUGAAUCAGUGACUUGUUAAAAAAGCAGAACAUGAGACAAACUAGUUACCUUUUGGUUACUGUGUGAGGCACAGUGUGAUUCCACUCACAAAAUAAUCCCCUCCCUCCCUCCCUUGUUAUGGUCCACGUAGUUGCAUAGCGGGGUUAUGUACAACCUGUGCUGUCUAGUUACUGACUAUGCAAAUUCUAUAAUACAAGCUGCAGCAGCCUUUUGUAACCCCCAGACAUUGAACCCAAACUCCUGUGGUACAAGUGGCACACUCAACCAGGAUGGGUGCUCUCAGAUAUGCCCGUUUUGCAAAACGUAUUCUGGAAACAGAAGCCUUAAUUUACAUUACAUUCAAAUGGAGGUGGAGGAAAAAUAAUUGUCGCCAAAUUGAAUUGAUGUAUGCAGUUCACUUUCUGUCCAAGUACUAAACUUUACGGUUCAGUCUCUCUGGGUAGUGUUACCUUCCUUCUUUCUGAGGCUGCUCAUUGUGUCUAAUUUUCUCCCCUUUUCUCUUGCACAGUAAGGAUUAGUAUCUUUAAUGUGGUUUUGUUGUCUUUAACAAUUAGAUCUAAAACUGAGUUUGGUUCUAGGUAGGAUGGAAUUUUCCUUUCAGUUGGUGCAGACAUGUAAUUUGUAGGGUAAUACAUCUGUCAGGCUGUUUGAAAUUCACUACAAAAGGUUCGGUGACUUGAGGUUGCAUUUCUGUUCAGGUAAAACUCCCAGUAUGUGAGGAAAUCCAAGAGUAACGCUGAGCCAAUGGGAGACUGUUAACUGGAGAGUGGCCACUGCCUUGAACAGGCCCAAAGUAUUGGUCGCAUGUUUUUUUUUUAUUGUGUGGACAGCUGGAAGUAUCUUUUUUAAAAUAAAUAUUUUUAAAUUUUAUCUCAUUUCUUUACCUGCUAGAAAUGAGUUUGCUUCAGUACAGUGGGUGCAGUUGUUUGAGUCAAUCAAAAUUUAUGGGUUAAAAAUAAAUCUUUUAUAGAAAAAAACACAAGUUGAAAAAGAGGUGAAUUUAGUCUAUUUAAUAUGUACUCUUAUCAGUUCUAUAGAGUUAGUGCUAAUAUUAUGUAAUCAAUACCAGUGAUUGUUCAUGUAAUCACAUUUUAAGGUGGAUUUAUAUCCAUCCUAGUUACCAUGCAGUGAAUAUUAUAAACACUGACAUUUUUCCUUUUGUCCUGUUUGCCUGUUUUCAUCAAUUCUUGACUGCAACAAACACAAAUACCAUGUCAGUUUGCCUCAUUUGGUAGUGUGCACACCUCCAAGUUCAAAGGUUGGUAACUCAAGCCACACAACGUUUCAGCCAAUAAUUUGCAGAAGUGCAGUACUGAAGGAAUGCAGCACUGUCUGGGUUGCUGUCAUUUUGGUGAGCUGUUAAAGCAAGACCCUGUGGUGAUCGGUGCUUGAAGCAGUUAGACGCGUUUGAGCAAUGAGGUGCCAUAUAAAUGUGAGUAACUACUUUUAGGUUGUGUUUAUUUACCAGGCAGCAGAGAUUCCAGGCUGGCUGGCUGAUUUGUGUAUGAGCUUUCUGUUUUUUUUCUGGUCUUGGUUGAGUAGACACCGGAGGAAUGCAAAGCUAUGGGACCAGGGCGGUAGAGUUUCACCCGACAGGUCUCCCGAGAUCCCAUUGGUGAGGUCAGCACGCUCACCCUAAUACCCUGCUGUUUUGAGAGCACAGCACUCCCGGAGUGAGUGUGUGUGUAUUGAAUUUCAUGGGCACUGAAGCACAACUUGACUAAGUCCACCUCUAAUCCCGUGCCAUCAUUCGGAGGCCAGAUCAGGGUUAUUCAUGUUUGAAUGUAGCAGCAGCCCUGAGUCUCUAAUGUAAAUAUUACAAAAUCCGAACCCUGAAACUAAGAGCUCAGGUUUAAAAAAACUGAACAGAUUGCUUGCUUUAUAGCAUCUGCCAAAUGCAGCUUAUUUAAGUGCAUAAAUGUCUGUAAAACUAGGGCUGUGAUCCUCCUUUCUUUCUUUAAAUAGUUGCUCCAGAGCUUUAUUCCAUGUCCUUUUUGGAAGCAAAAGAUUUUCAUUUGAGCUGUUUGCUCCAGUGCUCCUGACCCAGCAGAAUCCCCCUUUCCCGCCAACUCUCCAGUUAACUUGUGGAUGUUGCUGCAUUGCUAAAUUCAAUAUUGACACAAUUUGAGGUGGGGGGAGACUCUACAAAAUAAAGGGAAUAAGACCACGACAGGUUUCAGUGUGUACAACUUGUUCAAAUUGAAGUUCCCUUAUCAAUUUAUAUAGGAACAUAACUGCAUAACGUUGGUUGCUAGACAGAGUUUAUCAGUAAGAUUGUGGUGGGAUGCGUUUAACUGCUGGUUGUAAAAGAUUAUUUCAGCAACUGCUUAGCUUACUGGUGAGAUCAUGCUUCAAACGCUGGAUGUGGAAUUUUUAAAACCCAAUCCUCAAAGUAUAGGACAUAACUAACACUCUGACAACAAGACAGGAACCCAGCACUCAGGGGCCUGUAUAUUAGGAACUAAUGUACAUUUUUAUUUUGUAUUUAACAUUAUUCAGACUCUGCAUGAAUGAAUAAUAAAGGUUUGGGUGAUUUUAAUUGUAUGAAUAAUAUCAAUAAAGUGUCUGAAAACCUGACCAAUUAAUUGGGUAAUUUGAAUAAUUAAAGUUAUUAAGAUUAAUGAAGGUGUACAUCAGGGUAUUGAAUUAAUCAACCUACCUCCAAGGGGAGUUAUGUUACAAGUUGCAAUAGCACAAGUACAGUAUCUGAACUGAGUUUGACAGAAAUCUUGUGAUUUGGGUGUGAAGAGAAUGUCUCCUUCACUUUUAAAAAGGAGGAAUUGGUUGUCAUUGUAUUUAAAGUCUCCUUUUAGUAAAGAGAAUGUGGAUUGGAGUGAUUUUUGGAUUGUAUGAAUUUUUUAAGUGGAGAACUUAAUUUAGACAAAUGAGAAGCUUGGAUUGUGUCACCUGUUCCUUUUGGGCCCGCCUGGCUGUUUAUUAUAAUUUUUUCAUUUUUCUAAAAUCCAUGCAUCCCUGCACCGAGAGAAUGCCCCAACUUGGUCAUUUAGGCUGCAGUAAUGAAAGAGGCUGUGCAUCGAAGGGGAAAAUAAUGGGAAGGAUGAUCGAACAAUGGUCAGCAGUGGUUCACGGAGUACUCUGCAGGCUCACUUCAGUUAAAAUGCCAUGGAUUUAAGUCCGACUUUGGAGACUUGAGUACCCACAAAUCAGGGCUGAUACUCCAUGCAACACUUUUGAGGUUGGGGAGCAACAUUGAGGGAGUGCUGCAGUGUCGGAGGAGACGGGGCCGGAUGGAGGGGUGCUGCGGUGUCAGAGGAGAUGGGGGCUGGAUUGAGGGGGUGCUGAGUCUGAGGUGCCAUGUUUUGAAUGAGAUUUUCAACCAAGUACCUGUUUGCUUUCUUGAGGUUAUGUAAAGAUCCCACUCGACUCUUUCAAAGAUAUGGGAUCCUGGCCAACGUUUAUCUCCCAAUCAACUCAGGAAAAAAAUGUUUAUUUUAUCGUCGUCAUGCUGCAUUUUAUGGGCAUGUGCUGUGCGCACAUUGGUGGCUACGUUCCUGACAGCAAGUGAGGAUACUUUAAAAAAGGAACAUGCUUCCUCAGCUGUGAACUGCUUCAGGACAUUGAGGUUCUGAAAAAUCCCCAUGAAAUACACUUUGUUCUUUCCCUUUGGCAUGAGCUGAUUGGCAGAAAGGGUGCUCACUGUGAUGCAUUCCCAACAAUGCCAGUGAGCAUGCCAUGCUCUUAAGCGAGAGAGAGACUUCACCCAAUUGCUCUGUCAUGGGGUCAAACAGCCAUGUACUGAUGGUAGGAAUCUAACCAUUUCAGCAUCUCUCACAUCGCUUUCCAAUUAACUCCACUCUUCUGCUCUGUAUCGUUGCCCUGUGCAUUUUACUGUGUUUCCUACUCCUAGACUUUGUGACCUCCCAGUGUCUGCCCUGAGACACCCCUUCAGAGUUUCUUUCAUUGAGGUUGUCUCUUUUAUUCUGAGCUCUGGUGCAUGCAGUUAGUAACUUUACCACCUACAGCAUCAUCUUGCUCUUAGGAUUCACCAGCAAAGUCACAGUCCUAGUAAUCCAGGUUUGCAGACUAAUGUUUUGGGGCCAUCGAUCCCACCUUGGUAAUGGCUGGAGUUUCAUCUCAAUGAAUAAAAAUAUGGUAUUGCAGUCUACUGAUUGUUGUUUUAAAACAAUGCAGUGUCCUUUUUUAAAGAAGGAGAUCUGCCACCCUUACCCUACGUAUGACUCCAGAAAUACAGCAAUGUGGUUGACUCUUAACUGCCCUUGGAAAUUGGGGAAUAAGCCACUCUGUUCAUUGGCAAUUAGGCAGUGGUUAGGUGGUUGUUUUUGAGUGACACACGUGCUGCGUUGGAGGGCCGUUUUCGGUGCUAUACCUAUAGACCUCUGUGACUGUAAUUAAGGAUCAUCUGCAAAUCCUGGGCUUGCCAGUAUCAACUACUCCAUUUGACAGAAUGAAGAAAAAUAUGUUGUGAUAAAACAUUGGCUCAUGUGUUGGUCAAGUAAACUUUAGUAAAACAGAGUAAAUGUGUUGAGUCUGCCCUUCCCUUAGUAUGCCAAAUGCCAAAGUAUCUGUCUGUGUCUUUUUAAUAUGCAGGUUGUUGCAAUAAUCAGGAUGAACUAUUACAAAUUCACAAUAAUUUCUUAUCUACCCUGAAAACUUUGUUUUAUUCAAAGGUGAAAAGUUCAGUAGUUUAAAAAACUCAAGUAAAUUAGUGCCACCUUUUGGUUGUAGCAGUUUUAGGUGCAUCAUUUUAAAGGCACCUAUCCCACAGAUUAAAAGAGAAAUUUUAGCUGCUAUUUCUAACAAACGCACUAUGCUGGAAUUGUUCCAGACUUGCUGCAGCUUCCUCCUAGUGCCAAGGUACCAGAAUUUCUGAGAUGUUAUUAUUUGGCUCAUUGGCAUUUGUUUAAUAGUUAGUGGCAUUGUAAUAGAGGAGUUUGGAAAUAAAACAGCAAUUGGACCAAAAUAUUGAAUUGUCUGAACAGGUUGAAGACUUUGCCAGAGCCUGUGUUUCUGCUGGCUUGAGUUUACCAACACCCCAUCAAGAUACCUGUGUGCUUUCUUGUCAAGUAAAUAGAACAUGUUUGUGAUUUCACGUAGAACUAGAAAUGCUUAUUUUGUCCUCCUUCCAACAUUGACCCUUCCAGACGUCCUUAUUGGUGUUUUACCUCUUGGGAAAGUAAGUCAAAGUAGUGUCAUUCUCUAGGUUCCUGAUGUUAUAAGGAUG